AUGGCGAAACGCAAGGCACCUGAAGAACUCUCCACUAAUUUGAAUACUAUCAAAGCUCGCAACCGCGUCUCCAACCUUACUGAAGAUGAGAAGGCUGUUCAUUUAGCACUCAAGGCUGACCAUGGCGAUCUGAGCUACUACUUAAAGAAGUUAUACAAGUCUGCAAAGUAUAUCGCUGCCUCUGCUGAAGACAAGACACGUCUACAGAAUGAAUUGAAGGUUGAGCGUAUUCGUGUUCGGACUGAAAAGGGCACCCAUGCAUCUUGCAUUGCGAAUCAGAAAGUCAAGAAUACUAGCGCCCCUUCUUCUUCUCCACAAGCCCCACCAUCUACUCCGCCACAACUUCUGUCUGAGCUUGCUGCAUUUGAGGGUAUCACCAGUAUCCCAAUCGAUGACGAUCAUAACAGCGAAUGGGAGGAUACUGAGGUUGAAGACGAUUUAGAGUUGGAGCUUAUGUUACGGCGCGACGAUAUUUUAAAUGACGAGGCUGUUCUACCAGAUGAGCUUUCUGAUGAAGAGAUCGCUAGCAUCCAGGCUCUCUUAACUCAAGCACGCAUUGAUGCCCAUGAAGAGUCCAAUUUCCGCAAGUGGCAACAUUUCUGGGAUAGCUGUAUCCGCUCAUAUACGAGAAAGGCUGGAAAGCUGAGAAAGAAGCCUGAGCAUCUCUUUGAAUAUAUGCCAUGGAUUGAUGUAGAAGAAGGCACUUUUCACAACGUUAUCCCACCACAUAAAUAUUUCUGUUUGUACGAGCAGGCAGUUUGGACAAACUUUACAGCUUGGAAGUUUGGAAAGUGGGCCCAAUUACCAGGACCUGCGCAGUGGUACCCAAAGUCUUACAAUCUUGUCAACAACGGAUGGUUACAAGUCUCCACUCAUAGUUCUAGCUUCAAAGAGGCGUUCUUACUUGUCUACUCUAAGAAAUUUGAUAAGGAAAAGUGGGCUAAGGUAUCAGCUGCACAGGAUAUGUUGUUUCUGGAGUUAGAGUAG